AAGAUAAACAAAGAGUUAAUCAUGACCAGACAAAAGGUGAAGAUGGCUUACAUCGAAAAUGAGUCGUCAAGGAAAGCAACAUACAAGAAAAGAAAGAAUGGUAUCUUGAAGAAAGCCAACGAGUUAGCAACUCUCUGUGGCGUCCCGGUCGGUGUAAUCAUCGACAGUGCGUACGACUUGAGCCCGGAGGUGUGGCCAUCGAGAGAAGAAAUGGACAAGGUUGUGUCCCAGUGGCAGAGGUUGCCGGUGAUGGACAGGACCAAGAAGAUGCUGAAUCAACAGUCUUAUCUUCAACAGAGGAUCUCCAAAGAAACUGAGACAUGUAAGAAACUGACCAAAGAGAACAAAGAGUUGGAGAUGAAAGAGGUUAUGUUUGAUUGUCUUAGUGGCAAGACUUCACCAUCUCGUAUUGAGAUAAGUGAUCUUCGUGGUUGUGGUAAUGUCAUUGAGCAGUACCUAAAGAAUCUUAAACGUAGGAUUGAGAUUCUUAGUAAGAACGAUGGAGCGUCUUCUUCAUCUGUCCAUGCUGCUGCAACUACAUCUGCUGCCAUGCCUAUAGUUGAGAUGGGAUCUUCUUCAACCGCAUUUAGCGAUAUGAUUCGUCAACAACAGAUUCAAAGUAAUAUGAAUCAGACCGUUAGGGGCUUGGAUCUGAAUCAGCAACAGUGGUGAGCAUUAGUGAACAUCCUUUAGCUGUCUCUGACUAUGUUUCUGUUUCGUCAAACUAUCAAAUAAAAAUAUAUUUAAGAAUGUUGUGUUUAGUUACAUGUAUACAUUGCUUUGACAUGUAACGCAUUUUAUCUUUAAUGAAAUUUCAUUUUCUCCA